UAGCCUUCCCAAUGCGCAGGCGCGGGGCACCGAGUGGACAUUUUGGUCUUUGUCCGCUGGUCAGUCGGCCUCUGGGUCCACGUGGCGUGAAAAUAGGAGGUACCCUUUCUUGUGCAUCCCUGGAAAUUGCACCCUCCUUCUCCUUCAGAAGGCCCUGAAGCCUCAGCCUGAGUUCUAGGAUGGUAUUUUGGCCCCAGCAUUAACAUUCUAGUGGUGUGUCAUUUCCCCAAUAGCAGGUUAUAAGUUAACCAAGCUGUACGUGAUUCUCUGUUGGAGCAAAAAGACAGAUUGGAUGGUGGAGAAAAGUGGAAAGGAAAUUUGUCCAGAAGAAGCCUAAGAAGGUGAUGAGCAGAUAGAGAGGCAACAAGACUUGGGAGGCAAGUUGCAUCCAUCUGCAGUACAGACUGAAGAAAAAAGCAGUGAAUAUAAGAAAAUUGGAAAAAUACUUCCUCUGAUUUCAUAACUUUUAUCUUUUAAGGCAACAUUCUUUUUAACUUAACCUAGAAAGAAUUUGAAACACAAUUUAGACUUAAUCAUGGGGGCCAUUGUGUAGGAAUGAAUCAUCAAUUUUAUUGAUUUGGAAAUCCUGCCACAGCUUGCUUUUUCUGGUAAUAACCCUCUUUAAGUGUAAAUCAGUGUGGAAAUACCUUCAGUUAAAAAAGUUUGAACCCCAUCAGAUACCACAACAUUCAUAUUGGAUUCAUACCCUAUGAAGUUACUGAAUGUGGGAAAACUUCCACUCACUCAUGUGCCAUACCUUAUGAAAUACAGAAGUCAGGUUGGAGAGAAACCCUGUGAUUCUAAGAAAUAUUGAAAAGCCUUUAGCUAGGUGACAUCUCAUCGAACAAAAAAAAAUUUAUACUGAAGAGAAACCAAUGAAUGUAACAAAAGUUCACUGAGUAUACUUGGAGAGAAAGCUUUGAUCGCAGUAUGGUAAAGUUUUUUCUCAAACAUCCCUUACUUUACAUUUGAAAGGUCAUACACAGAGAAGCCCUACCAAUGUAAGAAAUGCAGAAAUACCUUCAGCCAAAAGUAAGUCCUCAUUCAUCAAGAAAUUCAUACUGGAAAGAAAACUUGUGAAUGUGGGAAAGCUUCCAUUCAGAUGUCACACCUCAGUCAGCAGAAAAUUUGCAGUGGGGAAAACCCCUUUGCUUGUAAGGUAUGUGGGAAAGUCUUCAGCCACAAGUCAAAUCUCACUGAGCAUGAGCAUUUUCAUAAUAGAGAGAAACCUUUUGAAUGUAAUGAAUGUGGAAAAGCCUUCAGCCAAAAGCAGUAUGUCAUUAAACAUCAGAACACCCAUACUGGAGAGAAGCUUUUUGAAUGUAACGAAUGUGGGAAAUCCUUCAGCCAGAAGGAAAACCUUCUUACCCAUCAGAAAAUCCACACUGGAGAGAAACCUUUUGAGUGUAAGGAUUGUGGGAAAGCUUUCAUUCAGAAGUCAAACCUCAUCAGACACCAGAGAACUCACACAGGCGAGAAACCCUUUGUAUGUAAGGAGUGUGGAAAAACCUUCAGUGGCAAAUCUAACCUUACUGAACAUGAGAAAAUUCACAUUGGAGAGAAACCUUUUAAAUGCAGUGAAUGUGGAACAGCUUUUGGUCAGAAGAAGUAUCUCAUAAAACAUCAAAACAUUCACACUGGAGAGAAACCUUACGAAUGUAAUGAAUGUGGAAAAGCCUUCUCUCAACGAACAUCACUUAUUGUACAUGUGAGAAUUCAUUCAGGUGAUAAGCCUUAUGAAUGCAAUGUAUGUGGAAAAGCCUUCUCUCAAAGUUCGUCUCUUACUGUGCAUGCGAGAAGCCAUACAGGUGAGAAGCCCUAUGGAUGUAAUGAGUGUGGGAAAGCUUUCUCUCAAUUCUCAACCCUUGCUCUGCAUUUGAGAAUUCACACAGGUAAGAAGCCUUAUCAAUGUAGUGAAUGUGGGAAAGCUUUCAGCCAGAAGUCACACCACAUUAGACACCAGAAAAUUCAUACUCAUUAAAAAUGCUGUAAAUACCUUGAAAAUGGAAAAGCAUUCAUCAGGGAUUUACACCUCAUAGCAAGCACAUCGGAAGUAAUCAUUCUGAAGGAAACUGUCACAAAUGAAGGAAACAAAAGCUAAAAACUUAUGGGACACCAGAGAAUUCAUACUGAAAAGAAAAACAAAAAUCCUGUGCCCAUCAAAAAAACCUACAGCAAAAGUAAUGCUGAAACUUUAGAUGCGUUUCCACUAAAAUUGGGAAUGGGAAACAUGCUUGUUUUCAUUACUGUCUGCCUAGAUCUAGAAAUCUUCACCAGUGUAGUAGUAAAAAUAAGUUGUAAAUAUUGGAAAGGAAAAUACUUUCAUGCUAUUGUUUUAGCAGAACAGAAGAGAUUCUGGAAUACCUAUGCAUUUAUUAGAAUUUAGAAUAGGAUAGACAUGGCAUCAGGAGGUGAGAAGAUAAUGGGACUGUUUAAAAAGUGAUUUGGAGAUAAUUUUUUCUCCAAGGAAGGAAAUAAAGACCAUGAACUAUGCACAAAGGUAAGAUCCAUGGGGAUUAAAAACAGGAAUAUGAAAAAGCUGUAUACUAAAAUGGUUAUGACCUUGGGAGUAGGGAAACAUUCCUUAUAAUAAAUGAAAAAUACCUAACUUUUCUACUCUGAGUUUGUAUGCUCAGGAAAUUUGUACCAGGCUAUUUGCUGUGGCAUGAUUUAUAGUAGCUAUAAAUUGGAAACAAUUUAAAUGUCCAUCAGGAAUAAAGUAGAAAGUACUUGUGGUGGGAUACUAUGUACCUGUAAAAUGUAACAAAUGAGAUCUACAUGUAUUACAGAGAAAGGUAUCAAAAAUGUUGAGGGCAAAAAUGAAGUUACAGAAUGAUACAUCUAAUACCAUGACAUUUUUGUAAAUUUGAAUAGAAACUUCCCUCACAGAAUUCAGUACUAUAUAUUGGUAACAGAUACAUAUAUGUAUGUACGUAUGUAUGUUUUUAAUAUGUUUUUGAAGUGGAUUUGAAGGAUACAGACCAAACUCUUGAUAGUGGUUGCCUGAGAAGAGUUGAAAGGGGAGGGGAUGAGUGUGGGAGGGGUGGAGGGUUGGUUAAAGGGGACUUCAUUAUUUUAUAUAUAAACAUCAAUUUCUCUUAAAAACAAAAGAGACUGCAAGUAAAUAUAUAUAUCAAAAUACUGGAUAGUUCUGGACUGUGGUAUAUGGAUAUCUUGUCUUAUUUUUUUGUAUUUUUCUGUAUUUUUAAAUUUUCUCAAAAUUAAUAAGGAUGGGGUGAGGAUGGGAACACUGUACCUAUAGAAAUCAUGUUUCAAUGGAUUUAUUCCCAAUCAAAUGCUAAACUUUUUAUAGAAAAUAUUUCUAAAAUUUUAUCAAUGAUGAGUGGAUGGACUUGUUCUCUAUGUAGUAUGAAAUUAUCUAUUUUAUUAAAAUUAAAAAUGAUAGCAAAAUCCAAA